AUGGGAGAAUAUGAAACAGAGUCCAACCCGGCAAUCUACGCGAAUCUUGAGUCCAACCAUGUCAAGACUCAGAGCGAGCUCAUGAAGCCAGGAUUGGCCGCUGGUUGGACUCUCGAUCAAGAAUCAGUUCCAUCAAAUUCUAUCGAUAUUCCUACCCGCCCUGUACUGAAGUCUACGGACUCUGUAUACACAGAGCCAACUCGAUUGGACCCCGCUCGGCCAACGUCUGGAGAUGCGAGGACGACCCUGUUCAACUUCACCCCACCUUUCCGCACAAAGGGACGUCAUAUCAUCGAUGCAGCCCAAGUCCCCCUCAGACUCGUCAGUAUCAACUGGUAUGGUGCAAGUGACAUCGACUUUGUUCCGGGUGGGUUGGACGUUCGACAUCGGGAUGAGAUCGCGCAGUUGAUCCGCCGGCUGGGGUUCAACAGUGUCCGACUACCCUACGCUGACGAGAUGGUAAGGGCAAAUCCGGUCAUCGACGAGAGGGUAAUAUCUAAAAACCUAGAUCUUCAUGAUGGGCAACGGUUAGUCCCAGCACGAGCUUUGGAUGUAUUCCGCGCUGUGGUGGAGAGUCUCACCGCAGCUGGCCUCUUGGUUAUAAUCAACAACCACAUCACACAAGCGACAUGGUGCUGUGGCGCUAACCCCUGCGACGCCGGCUGGUCCAACGACUGGCUUUUUGGGAAAAUCUUCUGUCGCGUUUCCCAGAUCCUAGGGGCAGACCUUCGCAACGAGGUGCGUGGGCUUUGGGGAACGAUGCAUUGGGAAGAUUGGGCCAAGGCCGCGGAGCGAGCGAGUGAACGCCUCUUAGCAUGGAACCCUGAGUGGCUUAUGAUCGUCGAAGGAAUCUCCUCGGCGAAUGACUUGACCGGGGUACGGAGAAGACCCGUGCAGCUCAGCGUACCGGACCGGGUGGUAUACUCCGCACAUGUCUAUCAAUGGUCUGGAUGGGGCCAGUUAUAUCCAUAUUCACGCAGGACAUAUGAAGAAUUUGCGGCGGCGAUGCGAGAGAACUGGGGGUACUUGAUAGAGGAGGAUGUAGCGCCGGUGUGGGUAGGGGAGGUUGGCACACCUGAUGAACCCACGGACGGAGACGUGAACUAUUGGACGCAUUUAGUGGAAUAUUUGGAAGAGGUUGGAGCGGGCUGGGGGUAUUGGGCGUUGAAUGCGCACAAGGCCACGGGGGAAGGAGAGUUAUGGCUUGGUGGACUCGCAGUGGGACUGGCCCUCGGUUCGCUGGGCACAUCCCGCAUGGUCGUUGGUCAAUAG